GGCUUAAUUAUGUAUUGACACGAUUGAUCUAGAAACAGGACUUGCAAUUGUGUGUUCCCUACGAUUUUUCCUGGAAGUAACUAGGUGGGACGGUACGUGUUCUGAGAAUUUGAAACGUGGGAGAGAAUUCUUCAGUUCGAACCAAUACAAAGAAAUGGAGAAUCACCAGAACUGUACAUCUAAGUGAUAUAAACUGAUCAGCGUAAAGGUGGAUUUGAAGUGACAAGACAAUUAGCUGAUCAACAUAUGGUGGAUAUUGAAGAAGUGUGUCUGAAACCGGUCGUGAAUGGACACCAUGACAAAUCAGUUGUAUCCAUUUACUUGCAUGGACUUGUGUUUGAACGUCUUUUCUGUGUUUUUAUUUUGCGUUGAUGUCUUUACGGACAUUUGGUUGGCUAAAAGCUAUUACGAAGAUGGAAUGACGUUAGAGUGCAUUUUGACGGCAUCUGUUGUUGUUGCUGCAUUUAUAGUAACUGGAAUUUUAGGUUCGAUCUGGCUUAGGGAUAAAUCUGAUCCGAAACGUCCUCCCCGGCCUUUCAUUUUAUUGAUUUUGACGUUUCCAUUUGCUACCAUAGAGAGUAAUAUAACAUACAUAUAUCAUGGCUACAAAAGCAGAAAGAAGGGAAGUGACCGCCAUUUUAGAGAAAUGAUCAACAGCAAUAUGAAUGCGACUCUACUAAGAAUGUUUGAUGCCUUUAUUGAAUCCGCUCCCCAACUACUUCUACAGGUGUACCUCAUUCUCAAAGAACAAGAAAAUCUCAAAGACUGUGAAGAUAUGUCGAUUCGUAGUCUUUCAGAUAUAAUUCGACUGUUAACAGUUCUCUCCUCUUGGAUAUCUGUCGCAUGGUCUGCGACUGCUUUUUAUCGAGCUCAUCGUCUGGAGAAUGACAGUGCUGUGCACAAAACCCGGCUAAAAACAGUCUUUGCUGCGAUGGGAUAUUUCCUCUGGAGAGCGUUUGAAAUAGGACCACGAGUAAUGGCAUUAGUAAUGAUGUUUCUCAUGAACGGCAUCAUAUUUGCAAUAACAUUGACCUUUCAUUGGAUUGUUAUGGUCACAUGGUCAAUUGCGACGAAAAUAAGGCCAUACUUGAAAACCCAUCAAAACGUUAUCUUUAGUUUAUUCGUUGGAUUUGUGCAGAUUUUUUCUUUCAUGAAUGUCAGUCGCUUUAAAUUUCCAGACCAUGCUGUGAUAAUCAAUCCCGUUGACUCCUCGGUUCAUGCUGAGGAAGUCAAUCCCCUUGAAUCUUCAGAUCAUGCUGAGGAAGUCAAUCGCCUUGAAUCUUCAGAUCAUGCUGAGGAAGUCAAUCCCCUUGAAUCUUCGGAUCAUGCUGAGGAAGUCAAUCCCCUUGAAUCUUCAGAUCAUGCUGAGGAAGUCAAUCCCGUUAAAUCUUCAUGUCUUGCUAAGAAAGUCAAUCCCCAUGACGAUUGCUAUCCCAUUAAACCUCGACAUCAUGCCCUUCUAUAUUAUUUGUUUGUUUACACUGAAAAUAUUGUCAUACUUAUUUUAUGGAUUUUGGUUAAAAAUAACUCCUUUUGUCCGUGGAUUUAUCACGGGUCAAUUGGCAUUGUUUGUAGUGGACUUAUUUGUAAUAUAGUUUUUAUGAUAUCAUAUUAUAAAGUCUGUCACCCAACAACAUCCAUUUGUGAAUAA